AUGCAAUUCUUUGGAGGCACAGAAAUCAGUCCAUCCCCGCCGGCGCCCACCGCAUAUGGGAACAAUGCCCACAUGCUCUACAUUUUCAACAGAAAUGGAGUCUGCUUGCUAUACAGGGAAUGGAAUCGCCCCCUCAAAACCCUAAGCUCGCAGCAAGAUCACAAGCUCAUGUUCGGUCUCCUCUUCUCCCUCAAGUCCUUGACCGCUAAAAUGGAUCCCACCAGUGCUGAAAAAGGGAAUCUUGGGGUGCCGCAGCUGCCUGGACAAGGGUGUUCAUUUCACAGUUUUCAAACCAAUACAUACAAAUUGAGCUUCAUGGAGAGCCCAUCUGGGAUCAAGAUAAUCCUUGUUACUCAUCCAAGGACCGGUGAUCUGAGAGACUCUCUCAAGUACAUAUACAACUUGUACGUUGAGUAUGUCGUCAAGAAUCCACUAUAUUCACCAGGAUCUCCCAUCAGAUGCGAACUAUUUAAUAAAACCGUCGACCAAUAUGUGAGAGGCCUCGGUUAA